AUGCCUGGAACUGAGCUUGCUCCGAGUCCAGAGGAAGGAGGCAUCUGCAUCACUGAAGCCCUUAUCACUAAGCGGAACUUGACUUUCCCUGAGGAUGAGGAUCUGUCCGAGAAGAUGUUUCACACUCUUGCUGAACUGCAGACUGUCCGCCUGGACCGUGAGGGGAUUACUUUUAUCAGGAAUUUGGAGAGCCUCCAGAAUAUUCACAGCCUCUAUCUGCAAUUGAAUAAGAUCCAGCAAAUUGAGAACCUGGCUUGCAUCCCCUCCUUGCGCUUCCUGUCUCUGGCAGGAAAUCGUAUCAGGCAGGUGGAAAACCUCCGUGAUCUCCCACACCUCCAGUUUCUGGACCUUUCUGAGAACCUGAUAGAAACGCUGAAGCUGGAUGAGUUCCCCCAGAGCCUUCUCAUUCUCAACCUGACCGGAAAUAGCUGCACCAAGCAGAAUGGCUACAGAGAGAUGGUGACAAGAGCCCUGCCGCUGCUCCUGGACCUGGAUGGGCAGCCCGUGCCAGAGCGUUGGGCCUCAGAUGAGGAGGAGAAAGCCUCCGGUGAUGAGGACGAGGACUUCCCAGAGCUGAGUGGCCCGUUCUGCUCAGAGCAAGGCUUCCUCAAGGACCUGGAGCAGGAGAUAACCAGGCACAAGGAACGCAGGCAGCAGGCAGCCCUGACGGAGCACCUCCUGAGGAUGGAGACCCAGCUCGCACUCACGAACCUCCCCAUGCUGCCUGAGGAGCCCAUGGCUGGGGAAAGCAGCACUCCAGUCCCUCCUGGGCAAGGGAAGAAGACCCCCAGUGAGCCCACCUUCUCACCACGAACAUACUCUACCACCAAGAAGCCUUCCUCCCAGGGCCAGCAAGGCCAGGCACAGAAGGGGGCCAUGGCAGCUGCGGCUCCCAAGGCCUCCCUGACUGGGGCCCCCAGCACAACCAAAAUUAUGACCAAGAAAGUCAAGAAAUAA